CAUUCACAAGCAUCGAAGACUCGAUCAGCAAGACCUUGACUUUGUUUGUUCUACCCCAGAUUCUUUGUCGUUUCCUCCACAAGCCUCGAAUCUUAUCUACCCGUCACCACAUGACCUUUUGUUGAACCAACCGUUUCUCUCGAGUCAAACAUCGUUGACUAAACUCACGAUCACACGCCCUGAUUUCCCCGCCAAGGAAGCCGCCGCUAGCCGUACACCCUUUGUGCUGACGACUACAUCAUUGUCACGAUCCUUGCCCAUUGAGUAACACGGAAGUCCUGUCUGCUCUCGAUUCAAGCUGUGUGACCAUCUUCUGUAUCCUACCGACUCAACCCAAGCCCUCGGGAACCCUCACCAAACACCAAACUCUCGCAACUUGAAGACAAUAUCGUUAACUCGUAUAUUCAUCAAUAUGGGCUCCCACGACUCUUUGAACCAGGCUGAGGGUGCUCCCCGGUUCUGGUACCGUGAUAACUUCUUCCUCACAAACGACAAGUCCUAUCUGUGUCCCCAAACUUUCAACAAGUCUCUCGAUGACAAUUGGUGGAGCAGCCCCUUGCCUCAAGGACAACUCCAAAGAGUGUUGGACAACUGCUUGACUUUGGCAGUGUACUAUACGCCUCAGACCGCUGAAGAGAUGAAGAGGAAUGGCAUCGCUCAACCCAAAGAUGGCUCUCCUCAUAAGAUGGUCGGCUUCGCUCGUGUAGUUACCGACUAUGUAACGUUGGCCUAUCUCACAGACGUAUUCGUUCUUGAGGAAUUCCAGCGGCGAGGCUUAGCAUCAUGGCUGAUGAAGGCUCUCAAAGAGAUAGUCGACGAAUGGAAGCACAUGCGUGGCCUCCUCCUCAUGACGCACGACCAAGCCGCAGCUCGUCUGUAUCAAAGGGAGUUAGGCGCCCAAGAGUUCGAAAAGGGACCAUCAGCAGGGCUAGUAAUGCUCGAGAUGGCCGGUCCAGCCGAGAAACCCACACCCAAGCAUUGAUUUGCUUUUGCUUUUGUGUUUUUGUUAUCUAGCGAUGCAUUUACUCAGAACUCUCUUGCUGGGUUAUUUAUUUUGAGUGUGGGGGAAUUUGGAAAAUCUGUUUAGCGCUGUGAUCCGGACAUGGCGGCUCGCGUCUCAAUGGCGCGUUUGUACGGGGGAGCAAUGGGGGGCUGGACGGGAUCUAGAGAGACGUAGUCCUCAGGGAGCUGAUAUGAUGCAUCGGAGUCAAAGGCGGAUAGAUCUCCACAGGCAAUAAACGGUGCAACCCAGCGA